AUGGAAAAGUUGUACGAGGUAACCAAUCAGCAGUUGGUCAUGGAGAAAAAUAACAAAAAUACAAAAAUGAUUCUUGAAAUGGAAGUUAAGAAGUCACUCUCAAACAACGAAAUAGAGAAUGGGAAAACGAAUUCAAUUGCUAAUGUAACCAAUAAAACCACUCACUUAAAGAACCAUCCUUACAGACUCGAACCACAGAGAAGAAGCUACACGAAUGAAUCGGGUUCAACUGGUACAGGAGUUGGACAACCCGAUAGCUUUGAAGAGAAUGUGAGAAUGGGUAAGAGUCAAAAGGGAAGGGAACUUUUGAUGUCAGAGAGUGCCAGGGCAUUUCGGCGAAUCCCAUCUUCUCCAUCUCUGAUUUUGGGGAACAUGAAAAAGAAAGUGGAUUGGAUAAGGAAAAAGCCUUUGGUACGUGAUGACAAUGAUAUCGAUGAUGUUCAUGUAUCCCGUAACAGCUUCAUUAAAUCAUCAAUCCAAACAAUAAAGAGAGCAGUGAAGAUUUAG